AUGAUCGCUCUGGAUGCUAAGGGUGAUGCAAUUUGGAUUCAAGUACCGAAAACAAAAAUGAACAAAUUUGUGGGUAAGAUCGAGGAGCAGAAGACAUACUUAAUUCGGAAUUUUGAUGUGGUCAAAGAGGAAAAGGGAUUUCGUCCUGUUCCAUGCGAUAUGUUCAUCGAAUUCAGUUCCGGAACAACCAUGGUCCUAGCUGCAGAUGUUGUACCUCCAUUUAGGGAGCACUGCUUUAGGUUUCUCAAACAUGAAGACAUGUAUCCCAAUCGCGGUCAGCGUAUUCUCUUGCUAGAUGUUGUUGGACAGCUCACGGAACAUUAUCGCACAAGGGAAUCAACAUCAACCAACCGGAAUUCAAAUCACAAAGAAAUUACAAUCAUGCUGCUUGAGGGAAUUCCGGUGAAAGUGGUUUUGUGGGGACGGCUUCCAAGUACAUUAGAGAAAAUAAUCGACGCUUCUAAUAAUCGGAAUGUUGUCCUGGUCAUAACCUCUGUUUUUGUCUCUGAGUGGAAUGAGGAACUGAAGUUGUCAUCAUCUGGUGCUACUAUUAUUUAUGACCGAUUGAACUUGAAAGAAAGGUUGACAUUUGAGUUUAUAUUAUCUUUUGUAUUUCUGAUGAUCAUAACUGUUGAUAAUACUCCCAAACUGAUUGAGCAAGAGAAACGUCAAGUGGUUGGCCCACUUUUGAUUGAAGAAUUAAAGGCUCUAACCUCCGACUAUGCUAAUAAGAAUAAGAUAGUUGCUGUGAAUUGCAAAGCAAACGAUGUCCUCACUGAAUGGCAUUAUGAUGGCCGAGAGAAAUGCCUCUGCAAAGUAGAAUCUGAAUCAAAUAAGUUUCACUGCAAGAAGUGUCGCUUGACAAUGAAUCAUUCUUUUAAAAGAUUCAAAAUAGAACUUGCUGUCUCUUAUGUAUCAGGCGAGGCUAUAUUUGUCAUCUUGGAUAAGGAAGGGAAGAGAUUUUUUGGUAUCUCAGCUCAAACCCUAUUUGCUGAUGCGGAAAACGACAGCACCGUUGUGCCAUCUACUAUUGCCAAAAUUCAAAAGCUUGAGUUGCAAUUCCUGGUUAUUCUAAAGGAAUACAAUUUCAAAACUUCAGCACAUGAAUUCAGUGUUCUUCAGAUUAAUGAUAUUCGUUCCAACAUGACAACCAUUCACUCUGCUAUUGCACUCCAGCCAUCUCUCUCCGCACUUGAUAAAGCCAAUUCGUCAUCCCAAUCCAUUGCCAGCAGCAUGAGCAGUGACCAUGAAGUAACUGAUUUGCUUACGGCCGAGCCCUCUGAAAAUCCUACUCCCAACAGUGAGGUCCAAAUCGAUACAGUGAGAGUCGAAACCAUUUGUGAGAAGGCUAGAGUUGUGUUAAAUGCAGGAGAUGAAAAUCAAGAUCCGAAUACUGCCAGAGAAGCUGCAACAUCUACAAAGAAGAACUAUAAGAGGAAGAGCCAGGAUCAAUUACUCUGA